ACAGAAGUCUAUGGUGUACAUCCUUUCCUUGCUCAGAACUGUUAUCCUAAGGGAGCACAGCUCCCCAUGCCAAUGUGUCAAAAAGGCGCAGUCGUUAAAAGAGCAUGGUGGCUUUGCAUUUAAAUACCACAGAAAACAAAAAAAAAGACGACUGCGUCUAUGAAAUAGCAACAAGAGCAAAGUAUUUUCUUGACACUGACAUUAAUUGUAGGCUUACAAUAAGUAUCUCAUUAACAACGUUGGUUUCCAUCUCCAACCAUGAGCAGAAAUGAGAGUCGAUUGUGCCGCCUCAUUGUGAGGGAACACUUUGGCCCAACUGUUGAGAAAGUUGCAAAUAUUCUUCUCCGAAAGGGUCGUAUGCCUGUUGGACAGAUCGUGCAGCUAACACAGCUGAAACCGCGACAAGUACGCGAAUGUCUACUUGUGAUGAUCCAGCACAACAUUGCAGUUUAUGCAGAGUUGCAGGAACGGACCCGGAUUGUGACCUAUUACGAGAUCAACCGAUCCGAGUUGCUGCACCGGACCUUGAUCCCUAGAGUUCUUCAGGAUGCACAUGAUUGGUAUCAAUAUGAUGGAGGAUUGAUCGCAUUGACUUUGCUGGCGCAUGGCAAGAUGACAAUCGAAGACUGCACAAAGGAGAUUCUGGCCAAUCACCCAUCACCACCAUCAUCAUCAACAACGACAGUUUCUUCGGCACCCUCUACGACAACGUCUUCAAAAGCACAAGAACAACGGUCCUCCUCUAUCAAGAAGGUGUUUACAAAGAUGGUCAAGGAAAAAUGCCUGAUAGCUGUUCGGCCCUCAGAUUCGUUGUCAGAAACAGAUAAAGAUAUGGCGGAGGAAAAGAAAGAAACGGACAAGAUGGCAAUGCCUCCAACUGCCGCGGAACUUGCCAGCAUUCGCAAGAACCUAGACGUACAAAAGGCGAAGGAACAGAAUAGCGGCAUCAUUGGAUUGAAACGGUCAUUGGAAUCAACGGAGACAGAUGAUUACAGUGGUAGCAAGCGUGCUAAACUCAGAGAUAAAGAUUUGGUCAUUGUCGAAGUAGUGGAAACAGAUGUGUUUUUUAAGAUUAAUUUUGAGCGGUUUAUUAUCAGAUGGCGUAACACAGAAAUUGCCAAGCUUUAUGAGAAUCGACUUAAUCCAACAGCUACAGCUAUCAUGCAGACAAUGCUAGGAUUAGCAGAAGAACGGAUGAUCAACGUCAAGGAAGACUUUACGACCCCUGUCAGUCAUGCGCUUCUUUCCAGUGCUUUGCCCACAAAUGUCAAUAUGGUCGACACUCUUGAGUUUGACCCGCAAGAAUUGGGAUCCAGCAAUAUCAAACCAAAGCCUUAUGAAUGUCUUGAGAAAUAUUUUCAAUUGCUAGAGGAGGACGCAAUGCGUGUUGUAAGGAAGGACGCAGGAAGAAGUGGUCAAUAUAUUGUAAGCCUCAAGACUGCAGUCAGGAUCUUGAAGCUCAACAUGAUUCGAGACAUUGUCACAGCACGUUUCGGAGCUCCUUAUGUGCGGAUCAUGAACAUGCUGCUGGAUAAAGGCAAAUUAGAGGAAAAGCAAAUUUCAAGAUAUUCGAUGAUGCCAAUCAAGGAUGUAAGAGAAAAAUUGACUACGUUGUGCACCUUCGGAGUCCUGAGCUUGCAAGAGGUUCCAAAGACGAAUGAACGCACACCUUCACGGACGUUUUAUCUAUGGGAAGUCUUAUUACAGAAAUCUGUAGAUACUAUAGUGGGCCGGCUCUACCAUACGAUGGGCAACCUGAGGCAAAGACGAUUUGUAGAACGGAACAAAAGAGCGAUUCUGUUGGAGAAAUGUGAACGUUCGGAUGUCAAGGCAGAUCAGUCCUUACUGAACGCUACAGAGAGAAAGGAAUUGGAAGCAUUGCAUACAGUUUUAGAAGUUUUAGAGGUACAGGAAUUGAGACUAGCACAAAUGGUGGCUACAUUGCGAGAGUACUAAGGAGGGAUAAUGAAUAAUAAUGAAAUAGGGCAACGGCCUAUUGGGUGCAUUGUUUAAUAUAGUCAUCUAUGAGCUCAGUCCAAG